AUGCACUCCGGCAGUUCUCUCCCUAAGACUUACCUCUUGGUGAUAUGUAUACUAGCAUUCUCGGUUAAUGUCAUGGGCUUUGGCUGCCCUCCAAAGGGAAAACCAGAGUUAAAAGAUUUUCAAUUUGGCUGCUGUUCUAAAGGAAAUAGGGAAUUUGCAAGUUUCCCUGGAGUACCAAACUUUGAUGCAGAAUUUGGCUGUGCAGAUCGUACCAUCAAUACGGCAUUCUGUUGCAAAUUUAUCACAAAGCAAAGUAAGCCAAACCAGAAUAAGGUGAUAGUGGACGGCCCUAAUCCUCCUUGUGUUGGUAACAUACCAAAGGAACCAAAUCCAAAUGGGUUGAGAAUAAGCAGAAAGGAUGGAAAGCCACCAAGAAGAGCUUGA